ACCGCUUAUAAACCAUCACACAGCCAGUUAAUUCAAAUUCCCAGAGGCGCUAAAGAUCGUUCUCCCAUCCCAUGGAUUCUUCUGCUUCCUGCCCCUUCUGUCAUCUCACACUUCCACUUACACAGCUCCAGAGACACGCCAAUUCCCACCUUGAUGAUGAGGACGAUAACAAAAUUAACCCUAAUUUGGCUUCAAAGAUUUCAUUCUUAGUUGGUUCUCAAAUUAAGAGCGAUUUUCACAAAAUAAAUUAUGGUUUAGUCUUGUUGUUGCGAAAAUGUUUAGAACAGGAACGUGAUAGCUCGACAACCACUUAUCUAUCGAGUUAUGUGGAUCAUUUUCAGAGCGUUGUCUCUGAAGAUUUGGGAUGGGGUUGUGGAUGGCGAAACAUCCAAAUGCUUUCUUCAUUUGUUAUUUCUGAAAGGUCGGAUGCUAAGGAUGUUUUAUUUGGUGGUUCUGGUUUUGUACCCGAUUUACCGUCCCUUCAGCGGUGGCUUGAGAUUGCUUGGGAGAGGGGUUUUGAUGUAGUGGGGUCGGCCCAUUUUAAUCAAAGUAUUUAUGGUUCUAGAAGUUGGAUUGGAGCCACUGAAUGUGCUGCCCUUUUUCGUUCGUUUGGAUUGCGUGCUAGGGUUGUGGAUUUUAGUGAUAAGGAUUUCGAAAAUCUUUAUCUCUCAGUUCCUAAUACGGUGAAGAGAAAUGAUGUGACGGGUAAGAGGAAAGCGCUGCAAGUACUUGGACCAAUGGAUAGGUAUUUGGUUAGAAAGAAUUGUGAUGCAAAUGUUGGUGGUGAAAUCUGUAGAGACUUGGGUAGUGGCAAUGAUGUGGAAAUGGCAAAGAGUGACCGGCAUCAAAUUCUCAUGGAUUGGGUGCGGAAUUAUUUUUCAGAUGAAACUUCAAUGAUAUAUGGUCAUCGUCAUGUGAUCAUUACUAAGAAAUCGCCCUUGUACUUCCAGCAUGAUGGACAUUCACGAACCAUUAUAGGGAUUCAAGUUAAAAACCUAAAGAAGGGUAUCCAGCAAUACAAUCUGUUAAUUUUAGACCCUGCUCAUGAAACAGCUGCACUAGAAAGAUCUCUCAAGGAAAAUAAAGGAUGGAAGAAGCUUUUAAAAAGAGGGGUUCACACACUGAAGAAGCCACAGUACCAGUUAUGCUAUGUUGAUACUGGAAUUGCCACUGGGAAGGAGUUGGAGCAGCUGAAGACAAUAGAUAGCACGUUGAUUACAUUCUGAGGAAUAUCUAGAACUUUUUUCCAUUUAGGUAUUGCUCGUUUAUUUUCACAAGUUGUUUAGUUUUAACAUGUCGUUAAGCUAUGCUUAUUUCUCUGUCUCUGUUUUUUUAUUUUUUAGUGGCAAACAGGAGUGAGUCCUACUUAACACCUAACACAAUAGUGUAUGGCUUGGUUGUAACUAACAAAUCCUUGUGAAGUUUUGGAAUUUAUCUCUAUGAUAGAAAAUAUGAUCUUGUACAA